AUGUUUGCUAAGAAGGUGAGCAACAUUUGUCUUCUGGGGCUGAGAAAUGUCUCCGGAAGAGGACGGGUGUUGUCUGUGGCUGCCAGGCUCUACAGUCAGGCCCAGGAGCCUGGGCAGCCUGGCCCCCCGCCCCGCCCCGAGACCUCCAGCGCCACGACGCUGAUGGACAUUGGGACUCGCCGGAUCUUCAACGAGGACCACGACAUCUUCAGACAAAGCGUGCGGCGUUUCUAUCAAGAGGAAGUGAUUCCAUACCACAAGGAGUGGGAGAAGGCCGGUCAGGUGAGCAGGGAGGUGUGGGAGAAGGCUGGAGAGCAAGGCAUGCUGGGAGUAAUGAUACCAGCGGAGCACGGUGGCGUCGGAGCAGACCUGUUUUCUGUGGCCGUCACGUGGGAGGAGCAAUCGUACUCCAACUGCUCAGGCCCGGGCUUCUCCCUGCACUCCGACAUCAUCAUGCCCUACAUCUCCAACUACGGCAGCAAGGAGCAGAUCGAACGCUUCAUCCCCGAGAUGACUGCUGGGAAAUGCAUCGGCGCUAUUGCCAUGACGGAGCCAGGAGCCGGCAGUGACCUCCAAGGUGUGAGGACGCACGCCAAGCGGGACGGCAGCGACUGGAUCCUCAACGGCAACAAGGUGUUCAUCUCAAACGGGUGGAUGGCCGACCUGGUGGUGGUCGUGGCCGUGACGGGCCGCGAGGCGAAGUCGCCGGCACACGGCAUCAGUCUGUUCCUGGUGGAGGACGGCGUGAAGGGCUUCCAGAAGGGGCGCAAGUUGGAGAAGAUCGGUCUGAAGGCCCAGGACACGGCUGAACUGUUCUUUGAGGAUGUGCGGCUUCCAGCCGACGCCAUCCUGGGGGAGCCCAACAACGGCUUCUACUACCUGAUGAACGAACUGCCUCAGGAGCGUCUGGCGAUUGCUGGCAUCGCCAUAGCGAGCUGCGAGUUCAUGUUUGAGGAAACCAGGAACUACGUGAUGCAGAGGAAGGCUUUCGGCAAGACCAUCGCACAUCUACAGACCGUGCAACACAAGCUGGCCGAGCUGAAGACGGAGAUCUGUGUGGGCCGAGCCUUCGUAGACAACUGCAUCCAGCUCCACGCUGAGAAACGCCUGGAUACGGCCACGGCUUCCAUGGCCAAGUUCUGGGCUUCUGACCUCCAGAACAAGGUGGCCACUCAGUGCCUGCAGCUCCAUGGAGGCUGGGGCUACAUGUGGGAAUACCCCAUCGCCAAGGCGUUUGUGGAUUCCCGUGUUCAGCCCAUCUAUGGAGGCACCAAUGAGAUCAUGAAAGAGCUCAUCGGCCGCUCCAUCGUUAGCCGGAAGUGAGAAAGAUUGAUGUGCGGUUGUGAGAAGUCAUGGAAGAGUGUUUAAUCAUGCUCGAACCAAGUCUAUAUAGCUUUUAUCAGAAGAAAUAACACUGCCUUCCCUAUUUAUUAAUAAUUGUAAGUCAUUUUGUUAGCAAUGCAUUGUUUCAGCACACCAUUUAGAGCGUCUGAGAAACACGCCAAAUUCAUUCUUGUUAUUUAAUCAUCUUAAAAACAUGUGAUGGAAGGGCUCAGGGAUGAAAUGUUGUAAAUAUCACUGAAUUGAAUAAAAAACGU